CUGAAAAAGUGUAGGAGUCCAGAAACUUCACUCAUGUAAAAAACGGCAAUUUGAAAGCUGUGUGGUAACGGCACACAGUACAGAGCUAUUAAAUAUAUUCAUCCGCUUUCCUGCUUUUUGGACUAUGCCUCGGAAAAAGCCAUUCAGCAACAAGCAGAAGAAGAAACAGCUGCAAGUCAAACGCGAGAGAAAGAGAGGUGACACAGGUUCUGGUCCGAGCAGCCGCAAUGCGAGCGUGGAGCGAGGAGGAGAGCGUCAGUCUGACACUUCUGACAGUGAGACCACUGACAUCAGAAGAAUAAACCAGCAGCCCUUUGGGAGAGAUGGCAGAUAUGAUCCAAACAGGUUUCGACUUCACUUUGAGAAAGAGAGCAGAGAGGAGGUGGAAAGGAGGAAGAAGCUGGCCAUGGAGACGGUGCUGAAGCCGGUGUCAGAUAAAGAACUAGAAGUCAGCAAAGAUGAAAUCUACCCUUCAGAGAAAGGUCUCGGCUUCCCGCGUCGGCCGUGUUGGACUUAUGAGAUGACGCGGGAGAGCCUGCUGAGGAAGGAGGAGAAGUCCUACAGAGACUACCUGGAAGAUCUGCACUCCAGAAACCCACCCGGCUCCCUCAGCCACUUUGAGCACAACCUGGAGACUUGGAGACAGCUGUGGAGAGUAUUGGAAAUGUCUGAUAUCAUCCUUCUUAUUGUUGAUAUACGACACCCGGUGCUGCAGUUUCCUCCAGAUCUGUACCGUUACAUCACAGUGGAUCUCCACAAGCAGGUGAUCCUGGUGUUGAACAAAGCAGACCUGUGUCCUCCGCCACUGGUGAUCGCCUGGAAACACUACAUGGCCUCCCAGUUUCCCCACCUGGAGAUGGUCUGCUUCACGUCCCAUCCUGGACAAUCCUACAACACAGUGUUGCAGAAGAAGAGGAUGAGAAAAAAGGCUGACUGGAGUCGGGCCGGAGGUCUUAUCGAUAUCUUUAAGGCUUGCCAAGAGAUCACAGCCGGAAAAGUUGACCUGUCCAGCUGGGAGCACAAGAUCCAGAGAGACGCUGCUGCGGAGCGGCUGGACGGAGAGCCGCAGGACGAAGGAGCUGAAUCGGUUCUGGUGGAGCAUCAAAGUGACAGCGCUCUGGAGAUGAGCAACCAGGAGCUCUACAAAGACGGAGUCCUCACUCUGGGCUGCAUAGGUUUUCCUAAUGUUGGUAAAUCCUCUGUAAUAAACAGUCUAGUGGGGAGGAAAGUAGUGAGCGUCUCUCGAACGCCGGGUCACACCAAGUACUUCCAGACCUACUACCUCACCCCGACGGUCAAACUCUGCGACUGCCCCGGCCUCGUCUUCCCCUCCCGCGUCAACAAGCAGCUACAGAUUCUAGCGGGCAUUUACCCGGUAGCCCAGCUGCAAGAGCCGUACACAUCAGUCGGUUACCUGUGCGAGAGAACGCCUUACCUUUCUGUGCUGAAGCUCAAACAUCCCAGUUUGCAAGAGAAAGAAUCCCAGCAGAGCGUGGAGGAGCCCAGUUGGACCGCCUGGGAUGUGUGUGAAGCUUGGGCAGAAAGGAGAGGCUAUAAGACGGCGAAAGCGGCACGCAACGAUGUUUAUCGUGCAGCCAACAGUCUGCUGAGGCUGGCGAUUGAUGGCAGGCUCUGUCUCUGUCUCAGACCGCCUGGCUACAGCUGCCUCAAAGAGCACUGGGAAAAUCAUCCAGACCUGCCUGAGAUUAUGGCUCUUCAGGGGAGAGGAGCAGAGGAGGAGGGAAGUGCAGAGCGGGAAGACGAGGAGGACGGAGAAUCCAGCUCCGAGCCUGAGGAGGAGAGAGACAGGGAUGCUGACGACGACGAGGACGGUGAUGAUGAAGAUGAGGGGUUUGGACAUCGGGGGUGGAGUGACGACAAGCCGUCAUCAGGCUUCACUGUCAACAUGUACAACGUUCUGCGGGAAAAUGACUGUGAGUGAAACUACAGGAAGAGGAAAGCAGAAAAUAAACAGCUCCUACUAGGGGUGCACCGAUUGUGAUUUUGGCCGAUGCUGAUUCUUUUUUUUUGUCUGUAAUGUUGUUUGCUAAAUAUAGCAAGAAAGUUGCAGAGUAGUGCAUACAUGACAAACUCGGCUCUGUCACAUUCAAGUAUCGGCCGAUCUCCGAUCCCCCAAAAUGAAGGACUGAUUUAUCAUGUUGGUGCACCCCUAGCUCCUACGCUUCCCAGGCUGCUUCAGUUCACCUCUCAUUCCUUCUUCCUCCUUAAACCUGCAUUCCUUCUCAGGUUCUGUUCUCAUAAAAUUCUCCUUUGCACAUUAACAGAAUCAGCUUUUCUUCCAGUUAUUUUCCUUCCCGUUUAUCCUCCAGAGCGUAUUUAUGUUUCCCAUGCUGUGCCUCCGCUCGUUCAUCCCCACGACUCCAUCCUCUCUUUCUCAUUUUGCAUGUAGUUCUCCGAGACAAACGAGCAAAAUAAAUUCCCUGAGCCUGCAGCUGGUUUUCAACGUUUUCAUCAGAAAGUGACCUCAUAGCUGGAACGCCAAAGUUCAGAAAAAAAAAAAACGAUGAAACGGUUCAGACACUCUGCUAAUGUGAAGCCAGUCGCUGGAGCUGCUUCUUUAGCGGCUCUAAAUCAUCGAUGUGGAGCGUAACUUCUUGGUUGAUGGGUGUGGGGCUGAAAAUUGGAGAUGCUAACCCACAAAACAAGAACUGACAAAACCAACUCUUCACAGUUUUGCAGCUAAAUGUUUCACAACUCUGUCAGUAGAUCAUUAAUCUGCAGCAGGGCUUUAAUUUGGAUGAAGCUGGUUGUGAAAAUAACUAGGAUUUAGUUGAAACUGGGGGAGUGAAAUGUAUCAACUCCUGUUCUGAAGGAAUUAAACAUGUAGUGUUUUAACUACUGCAAAUGUCCUUUAGAUGCUGACAAAUUUCCAGUAAUUAGUCCAUGUUGAGUGAAACUGAGUGAGUAAAAAAUGUGUUAUGAAGAGACGUUUUGGCAUUUUGAACAUAGUCGUUAUUCCUUUCUUGCCCUCUUGUUUUCAUAUCAUCCAUCUUGAAGACUGGAGAAAGCCUUAUUUUCUCAAAUACUAAAAAAAACAGACUAUUUAUACAAUUUACCACUAAAUCUAGUUUUUUAAAGUUGAGGUUGUGAGGCAAACGGAUCAAAUCACUCCCAAUAAACCCUCAUCUGUUGAUGUUUGGCUGGUAGCUGCUGUGUCGGUGUUCACACUCCCACCUUCACCUGGAUGUGGAAAUUUAAAACUUUUCCUCCAACUACAUAGAAAUAGAAGCUGAUCACUACAAAUUGCAGUUCAUCCAUCAUGGAUGAGGACGCAUUUUAUCAGAGAUUAUUUCAAAAUGAGAGACGUUUCUGUCUCUUGUUGUCGUUAUCUGGUGUUUUCUGGUCGCUGCUGUCAGAUACGGUCGUUUUGUAGUUUUUAUUCGGUACCAUGAGGGGGGUAAAUAAAGUUCAUAACAGUGUGGUUGAGUUUGAUUUUAGUAUUUUAUUGAUCUGAAUGAGUGAGGAAAAUAGUUUCAGACUUUGUUUCCAAUCCUGUUUUCACAAUAUUAUGUCCUUUUAUUUAUUAUUUUUGGUUUCUUCCUUUUGUCCCAGUUUACGUUUAUAUCUGACGUAUGUCCUUUAUUUUUUCCUCUGUAUUUCCUUCCUUUCCUCUUAGGGUCCUUCAUUCCUUCUUUCCUUUAUUACUUAGUGUAUUACUUUCCUUCUUCAUUCGUUCUUCUUUCUUGGUGUCCUUCAUUCAUGUUUUCCUUCCCUCAUAGUGCCUUUCCUUCCUUAUUUCAUUUUCUUGUGUCCUUCCUCUUUUCCUCCCCUCUUUGCAUCCUUCAUUCCUUUGCUUUUUGUGUCCUUACUUACCUCUUAAUGUCCUACCUUGUUUCCUUUCCUUUGUGUCCUUACUUGUUCCUUUCCCUCCUUCCUUCAUUCCUUCCCUCUUAGCAUCCUUCCUCUUCUAAGUGUAUUGCCUUCCUUCUUUCCAUCUUUUAGCUCAUAAUGUGCUACAUUCCUUCCUUCCUUCCUUCAUUACUUUCCUUUCUGUGCCCCACAUUCCUUCCUUUCCUCUUAGUUUCCUUCCUUCCUCCCUUGGCUUGUCCAGAUGUUAAAACCUGAGCGUUGUAGAAAAAUCUGCCAUAGAUUACUGGGGGGAAAUUAUUAAUAUUCAUUUUCAAAUUAAACAUGAAGGACUGAGAACUGUUUGGUUUUUACAUCAAAAGUGAGUGAGAUCUCUGAAUGAACACAGAAACAUAACACUACAGCUUGAAGUAGAAAAGUUUUGGUUUGGUUUUUGUAGAACUUUCUGUUUCUGAACAUGAAACGCAUCAGGAGUGUGCUGUGAGAUUAAAGAAAAGGCUUGAGGUGCAUUCAGGCUAUUUUCUGAAUUAUUUCAUUUCUAGUUCGCCUUAUGACAACUGGACUGCUUCCUGCAAUUAAAAAAAAACCUCAAAAACCCA